CAAUAUGUCACUCUCUUACUAGUUCCCUUUUGAACUCAUUUUCUUAGUUCACUACAAAAUUAGAUAGAUGUAGGAACCAACUAAGGACAAGAAUAAAUCAUAUAUUUCAUAUAAAAAAUUAACAAAAGAGAAAAUAUUGGAUAAAAUGUCGAGCAGAAAAGCAUCUCAUGCAGGCAGUUGGUAUACCGAUUCAGCUUCUGAACUAUCACGUCAACUUGAUAAUUGGCUGGGAGCCGCGACACUUUCACAUGGGCCGGCUAGGGCUAUAAUAGCCCCCCAUGCUGGAUAUACGUAUUGCGGUGCAUGCGGUGCUUUUGCAUAUCGACAAGUCAGUCCGGCUGUAGUUAAGCGCGUCUUUAUUUUGGGACCAUCACAUCACGUACGUCUUCGAGGCUGUGCCUUAUCAAUUGCUAAAAAGUAUGCAACCCCGCUUUAUGAUCUCAAAAUUGAUACAGACAUUAAUGCCGAAUUGGAAAAGACUGGUCACUUCUCCUGGAUGGAUAUGAAGACGGACGAGAAUGAGCACAGCAUCGAAAUGCAUCUACCUUAUAUUGCCAAAGUUAUGGAAGAUUUUAAAGAUCAAUUUACGAUUGUUCCAAUUUUGGUGGGCUCGCUAAAUCCAGACCAGGAGGCAUUGUACGGACGCUUACUGGCAAACUAUUUCACAGAUCCUCAAAAUUUAUUUGUCAUAUCUUCAGACUUCUGUCAUUGGGGUCAUCGUUUCAAUUACACCUACUAUGACAAAUCAUGUGGUCCAAUUUACAAAUCCAUUGAAAAGCUGGAUAAACAGGGAAUGGACAUCAUUGAAACCCUAAAACCGGAAACAUUCACUGCCUAUUUGCGGGAAUACAACAACACCAUUUGUGGACGCCAUCCCAUUGGCGUAAUGCUAAGUUCAGUAAAAGUUCUCCAAGAACAAGGAUACAAUAUGAGCUUUAAAUUUUUAAAAUACGAUCAAAGUAGCCAUUGUAAAGUAAUGGAUGAUUCGAGUGUUAGUUACGCUUCCGGUUCUUUAGUUUUUGAGUGCUAAAGAUAAUGCUAUAUAAAAGUAAUAUAUUUAAUCCAACAAGACAUUAAAAUAAACCGGCCAUUACGCUUUUAUUGUUCAAACCGUAAACAAUUAUAUAUUGUCUUCGAAAUAAGCAAAUUGUACAUAUUAUAAGCGUUUGGCUCUAAAUAAAAACAGCUUUAAAUCAA